AUGAGCAGCUGUAAAUUAGUGUUUCUGGAAGCAGUUGUUGCAAAUGAUUUCAGUCCAGAAGCUCCGCCAAGUAGAAUAACGGUUGUCGCGGAAGAAUCGGAAAUGCCGACGACAAUAAUGCCUCCAGCGCAAGUGGAAGGUAGCCGAUAUGCAUCAGUGAUUAGUAGCCCUCCCCUUCCGGCCCUCGUAAAAAGAAUGGAAAAUGAAUUAACAGAUAAUCCUUUUCGCCCGGAGGAAUCUCUCUUUCACGAAGUUGAUCCCAUCGUAGAAGCAUACAAAAAUAAGCCUUAUCCACCAUCUUUGCCUGGCUCACAAAAUUCGACGCCUGUAAAAACAGCUAAUCAAUCUUAUUUAAAUGGUCUGUCACCAUCAUUUUUAUUGGGAAGUAAAGAAAUGGAUUUGCCGCAAGGAGUAUCUGAUACAACGCCGUUGAAUUCAUCUACUCCGCUUAUAAACAGUAUGGAUCAAGCCGGUAUAGAGGAUAGUAGUGUGGUUGAUUUGCCGAAAGCUCGACAAGUGGAAUGUGUCCAUAUCGAGAAGAAAAAGUGCGGUUGUUGUACUCUGCAAUAG